AAUUAAUUUGUGCGAGAGUAAACAACUAAUUAUUAAAAUCGAUUUUUCAAUCAACACUACUGAAUGCAACAUUGAAAGAAAAUUGACAUCACAGCUGUUCGAUUUACCUGUCUGUGGUCUAUCUUGCUAAGAAAAUUUAUAAUUAUUUUAUUUAAAAUAUAAUCUUAUGUAGACAGAAUUGCUUACUCAAUCUCCAAAAAAUAUCGAAGUAAUAUGCCUCUUUUUGGUAAGUCCCAGAAGAGCCCAGCGGAGCUAGUGAGAUCUUUGAAAGAUGCUGUUACCGCAUUAGAAAGAGGCGACAAAAAGGCCGAGAAAGCCCAAGAAGAUGUCAGUAAAAAUUUGGUUCUGAUAAAAAACAUGCUCUAUGGUACUUCUGAUGCAGAGCCACAAACAGACAUCAUUGUGGCACAGCUGGCACAAGAGCUAUACAAUACAAAUUUAUUGCUGCUUCUUAUUCAGAACCUCAAUCGCAUCGACUUUGAAGGGAAGAAGGAUGUGGCUCAGGUAUUCAAUAAUGUAUUGAGGCGUCAAAUUGGAACUCGAUCUCCUACUGUGGAAUAUAUAUGCACCAAGCCUGAGAUUCUCUUCACUUUGAUGUCUGGAUAUGAACAUCAGGAGAUUGCAUCGAAUUGUGGCACCAUGUUGCGAGAAUGCGCCAGAUAUGAGGCUUUGGCUAAAAUAAUGUUAUAUUCAGAUGACUUUUAUAAUUUUUUCCGUUACGUAGAAGUUUCCACAUUUGAUAUUGCCUCAGAUGCCUUUUCUACUUUUAAGGAAUUACUAACACGACACAAAAUGUUGUGUGCCGAGUUUUUAGAAGCAAAUUAUGAUAAAGUCUUUAGCCAUUACCAACGGCUUCUGAAUUCGGAGAACUAUGUAACACGACGGCAGAGCCUCAAGUUGCUCGGGGAAUUGCUUCUAGACAGGCAUAACUUCUCCAUCAUGACACGCUACAUCACCAAUCCCGAUAAUCUUAAACUUAUGAUGAAUAUGCUAAAAGAAAAAUCACGUAAUAUACAAUUUGAGGCUUUCCAUGUUUUUAAGGUAUUUGUAGCCAAUCCAAAUAAACCAAAACCAAUUUUGGAUAUACUUUUGAGGAAUCAAGAUAAGCUGGUGGACUUCCUGACCAAGUUCCACACGGAUCGGUCUGAAGACGAGCAGUUCAAUGAUGAAAAGGCUUACCUUAUAAAACAAAUCAAAGAGCUUAAGCCAGUGGAACACUAACAUUUAUUGCAUUUCAUUAAAUCGCCACUUCCUCCUCAGAAAGAAGUUAGUUAUAGAUGCUAUUAUAUUUAACGCUUCUAAGUCACCAGAGGGUGUUGUGCGCGCAGCGAACACACAGCGUUCAGUAGAAAACAUUGGAAUUCUAAACGGAUUUUACAUUCGGUCUGUGAUGAGUCAGGGAAGAAAGUAUAUUUGUGCUACGAGCAAAUUACAUUUUUAAUAAAGAUAUGUAGGAAUUAGCGUAACUUAUGGUUUGACUUAUUCCUUUGUAAGUUGUUUAAACCAUUUUAGUUUAUAUGACGUGUUUAGUGACAGCUGUGGAGUCACAAUCGAAAUAUAUUUUGUCACAUUAGGCUAUGUGUCUCUAAGUUUAGCGUCCGAAAGGCAAAAAGCAGGUCAACUUAAGAUCUUCAUAAGAGAUUUGUAUAUAAUCAUGUAUGACAUUUUUAUUGCAAUAAAUUUUUGGUUUCCAUCUUUUGUACCUACUCUAAAUCAAUAAAUUCAAAAUUAUAAAUUGUUAAACAGAAAACAAAUAUUCCAUGUUAUGGCGGUCAGUAUUGGUUACAAUCUUGUAUGUAUGUAUUAUAUAAUUGUAUUUGAUAAAAUAUACUUAUAAUAAACGUUAUUUUAUGUUAUAAAUAUUGAAGACUUAUUUCUAUAUAUGCUUAGUAGCAACUAUGGUUAAAAUACACAUACAAAUUCACAAAAGAUAUUGUUUUAAACAUUAAGUAAUCUAGAUAUUAUUGUAUGUUCUCAAAAUUUUUGUAUUAUAAUUUUAAAUUAUAUUAUUUCUUUGUCACCAUAAUUUUUGCAAUAUUACAUUCUAUAGGAAACUGAAUAAAAUAUUUAUAUCA